CUGAACUGAAGCACGAGGUUGAUUUGACGCUCGCUCUCGUCUUUUUUCACAUCUUGGUGUUUUAUUCAGCGUUUCUCGGCUAUAAACUAGAAAAAUGGUCGACGUUGUGAUGGACCUUUCGAGGUAUAAAAUGACAGUGAAGCGGUUGACUACCGCCCUGUUGCAAUCCGGUGGCGAGCAGCAACUGCAGCCCGCGCCAGUAGUGCCGCCGAUCACCAAUGACAGGGACUCCACGCGACGACGCCACCUGAAGGUCAAGAUUGGCCAUUUUGCCACCAACAACGGACCAGUUGUCGAACAUCUGCCAGUCGAUGAGGCAGUCAACUUAUUGUUGACUAAAGACGUACGGAGCAUCGAGCUGCACGUCGGAUGGCGCAUCAGUGCGAGGAGCAUCUGGGUCUUUUCCAAGCAGAUCUAUGACAAGGCCGUCACUCUCAGCGAAGAGCUCACCUCCGUCGAAGUGAUCCUGCAAUACCGAGGCGCGUAUCACGGCGUCUUCGUGGCCCUCAGCGACCUAUUGAAAAAUAUUAGUGCGUUUUGCCCCAAGUUGACGAACUUGUCCUUGAAAAUAGAGGCAAACAAAGAAGAUACAAUGUAUGCUCUAUUUCGGCAGCAACCAAUAGAAUUACCGCACUCGCGAGUUUAUCUUAACUGCCGAAACCAAACAAUGAUAAGCUUCCUGGACCCCAUUCUGGCCAAAUUUCUAUACCUCUAUCCAGCGUGGCAAGAUAGGAGUGAAACCUAUGAUCUGGACAAUCCUUUGGCUUGUUACAUUGAGAUGGGUAAAGCGCGUGAGUUGUGGGGUCUCUAUGAUGGGGAUCCUCUCGAAAGUGACGACGAUGAAGAGAUUUAUGAGGAUGAGGAUGAUAUUUCAUUGGAAGAUAUAACAUUUAAUUUAAUGGCCGAAGUAGAUAAUUAUGAUAUUCUAGAUAUUACAUUCGACGACGACUAAUAUGUAUAUAUUUCGCUUUGUUUUUUCCUUAUAUAUGUUAAUACUGUAAAUAUGACCUUGUAAAAAUAUAGUACUUAAGUUCAAAAAGUUAAUGAAUAA